AUGUGCCCAACAGGCUUGGUGCUCCUGGGGCACAGUGGAGCCGCUGUGGCUAAGCCAGAAGGGAGCAACCCCUGCUCAAAGAGCCAGCUGGCCUUCAGAGGUGCUUGCUAUGAGUUCGUGCCUCUGGGACCCUUCCACAGUGCCCAGGGCUGGUGUGAAGGGCAUGGAGGCCAUCUGGUCUUCAUUCAGGAUGAAGACACCCAACAGUUCCUGCAGAAACACAUCACCCAGGACAGGGACUGGUGGAUUGGACUCGCAGGAACCUCAGCACCGGAUGAGACCACAGGAGGCCAGUGCCAAGGGCUGCAGGCGUGCCAGGUGGCAGCAGAUGGAACCUACUUUGGAGACUGUGACCCCCCCAGGGGCAGCUACCUGUGGGUGCAGUACCAGUGCCUGGAAGGCCUGCGGCUAGUGGUGUCUCAUGGGAACUUCGUCUCUGAAAAUGUUACCAUCUCGCUGACAUGGCUCCUCUCUCCCUACAUUGGAAACCUGUCCUGCAUGCUCAGCAUGGGAGAUGGCCACACUUUUGACCCCUACUACCCUCCCAGUGUGUCCAGCAAUGUGACCCACCAGUUCACCUCUCCUGGGGAAUUCACUGUGUUUGCCGAGUGCACAACCAGUGAGUGGCACGUGACUGCUCAGGAGCAAGUGACACUGCAGGACAAGACGGAGAAACUCAGUGUCACCGGGCGCACUGGCCUGUCCAGGUCUGGAGCCAACCUUCUCUGUCAGGCUGUCUUUGGGGAACCUCUGUGGAUUCAGGUGGAGCUGGAUGGAGGAGCAGGGGUGAUUUACACUGUGCAUAACAUAACUCUGGCCGAGUUCACCACCCAGAGGGGCUCGCUACCCUUCAAUCUGACCCUGGACAGAGACACCCAGGAACCGCUGGGCCCCGGGAUGCACCACCUAGAGAUCCAAGCCGUCAGCAACAGCACUACCUCCUUCCUCUCUGGAAAUAUCACAGUCCACUUUGUGGAGCUGUUGUCGGGGUUGCAGGACCCCUGGGCUUCUGACCACGUGGAGCUUGGGCAGGACCUGCUGGACAAUGUCUCAGAGGCUCAUGGCACCCUGGACGAACUGACCUUUGGGGUGGUGGGUCUGGAUACCAACUUCUUCCAGGAGAAGGAGGAGGUUGGGGAACCAUCUGGGACUUACCAUGUGGAAGUUCCUAUUCAAGGUACUGGGGUUAGUGGCUCUCCCUUCCAGUCCCCCCUUUUCAUUUCUAACUUGGUUCCAGUCACCCCUUCCAGUCUCCAAGAACCAUCUGGAGUGAAUGCUGAAGAAAAGAUUGAAGUCAAAGGGGACAUGGCGGUGUUCACUGAGCCUGGCCUGUACAUGGACCCCUUCGCAGAAGUUACGCUGGGCUGGCCAGAAGAUGACCCACAUUUAGGCUUCUGCUGGUCCUGUGGUAGGUGGUGCUGGGCACAGUGGUACACAUUGGAAUACUGUGUUGAGAGACAACAGCUCCACACAGACCAGAGGGUGCUAGUGGUACCGCCAUCCUGUCUGCCACCACCGGACUCUGCCGUCACCCUGCGCUUGACUGUCCUGAGGGGCCAGGAACUGGAGAAGGAGAUGGAGCAGUGCCUCUACAUGUUUGCUCCCCUGGACCUCAGGCCUCAAGUGGGACAUGGUAACACAGGUGUUGAAGAUGUGACGUUCCAGGCUAUUGUAUUGCAGAGAAUCACUGCAGCUCUGCAAAUCAAGCAUAGCCCUGAGCAGCUUCUCCUGCUUGCCAAGGCUGUGUCCUAACUAAAUCAGGAGGACCAGGAGGACCAGGAGGGCCAGGGCUGGGGCUCUGGGCAACUUAGACUGGACAUCAGGUGGAAGGUACUAGAAGCCCAUCCUUCAGGGUCUAACUUGAGAUCCCUGUCCAUGAUCACUGCUGGUCUCGGGGACAUGCAGGGGGUGCAGCGUUUGGCUGAGGUGCUCAGAGAGGUGACUCACCGCAGUGAGGAACUCACACCUGUGGCCCAGCGGGAGGCCGGUCAGGCUCUGCAGCUUGCCAGUGAAGCCCUUUUGAUGGCCAGGGCCAAGGCCCAUCCCAAGGACCAGAGGUGCCAGGCAGCUACCAGAGACCUGUUUCAGGCGGUGGGCAGUCUGCUGGAAGCUUCCCUCAGUCAUGGACCAGAAGAGCCUGUGGAGGCCAACAGCAGCCAGGCUCACAUUACGGCCCAGCUCCUCCGGGUUGUGGACCGUGUGCAGACUGCCCUCCUGCUGGGGACAUUACCUGGGAACCUCCCAGCCACCCUGGCCGGCCCCUCCAUCUCUGUGUACACAAACAGAAUACAACCACGGAGUUGGCAAGGAACUUCCAUGCACACUGCCACGGCUAACUCUGCAAUCUUCACUCUGCCUGCCACCACCUCCCUCUGCCAGGAGAGCCGGGAGCCUGUGGACAUAAGGAUGUGAUGUUUCCCAACGAGCCCCUUCCCUUCCCAAAGCCCCUUUGAUGUCAGCGGAACUGUUGGUAGCCUCCGACUGACCAGCUCCAGUGGGCAGCUCAUUCCAGUGAAGAGCCUGUCACAGAAUAUUGAGAUCCUGCUGCCUCGGAUUUCGGGAGAAUACCGCAAGCCGACCGUGCUGAACCUGGCCACCCAAGGAGGCGCAGACGAUGUGGCUCUGUGGAUCCAGCUGUACUGGGGACCUAGAGUUCCACUUACACUCAGCCUGGGCUAUGGCUACUGCCCCAAUGAGACCAGCUACGACUCCCAAACACACCUGCCACCCAUGGCUGCUGCAGAUGAGCUGCUCACAUGGCUCCUGGGCCCAGAGGACCUGGCCUUUGGAAAAGGAAUCUACUACUUGACAGUGGUCCUUGAGUCUGACUCGCAACCCACGUGGAACCUUAGAGUGGGCAUCACCACCUUCCUGUCACAUUGUAUGUUCUGGGAUGAAGUCUGGGAGACUUGGGACAACUCUGGGUGCCAGGUGGGACCACGGACCACCAUCUCCCAGACACACUGCCUCUGCAACCACCUCACUUUCUCCGGAAGCACAUUCCUGGUGACACCCAAUGCCAUCGAUGUCCACCAGACUGCCGAGCUCUUUGCCACCUUCUAGGACAACACUGUGGUCGUGACCACGGUGGGCUGCCUCUGUGUGGUGUAUGUGCUGGUGGUGAUGUGGGCUAGGAGAAAGGACAUCCAGGAUCGGGCCAAGGUGAAGGUCAUAGUUCUGGAAGACAAUGAUCCCUUUGCCCAGUAUCACUACCUGGUGACAGUCUACACUGGACACCGACAAGGGGCCGCCACAUCAUCAAAGCCACUCCCACUGGGCAUGAAGAGUCAGCUUUGA